UAUACUCUUACAAUCCCACAUUCAUGCAUAUUGAUUCUUAAUAACAAUCCACUAUAAAUAAUGGAAUUUAUAGUUUAUGGCAAGGUAUAGAUGAAGAAGAGUCCAAAAGAGAGAAGAAAAAACAAUAAAAGCAAGCGCAUCCCUAAUUUUCUGAGCUGACUGAUAAGUAAAAGCAAAGAAAACAAAAUUUGAAUCUCCAGAAAAAAAAGAAAGGAAAACAAUCAAAUAAAUAAGAUAACAAUUAAAUAAAUGAUGAUGAAACAGAAUAAUAGGAUUCAAUAUAAGUAUAUUUUUGAUUAAUCAGAUAGCAUUUAAAAUAUGAAACCAAGCCUUAAUUUGUGCUUUUAGUAAAACCAAAUAACGAGGAGAUCCAAAUCGAUUUAUAAUAAUACAUAGAUGAAUAAGUAAGAACUUGAUGAUAGAAUUUAGUAUUCAAUUCAAGAAGAUAUCUCAAAAAUAUCCUGUUUCAAGUAAGAGAGUGAUUUUGGACACACUGAAUACAAACUUAGACUGGUUGAUCCUGAUCCUAAGAGAUUAACUCAUUUAACAACAUAGAUGAAUUUCAGAUUAUCUGAAGGAAAUGGAAUGGCAUAUUAUAAAAUCGGAGUUGAAGAUAGUGGUAAUCCUCUGGGUCUUAACAAAUCCGACAUGCUUGGAUCAUUGAAAACACUCUGUUUGAUGGCUUAAUCUCUUAAGGCCGAAUUAUUGGUAGUAGGUGUCAAUCAGGGAACCAAUGGAAAAACCUGUGAGGUUAUAGUAAGAAAAGGAUUAAAGGAUGGAAUCAAUUUGGACAUAAGAAUUCUACUCUUAGGGGAAAGUGGAUCUGGUAAGACAUCCCUUUUAGGAGUCCUAAGCACUGGACAACUAGAUAAUGGACAAGGUUUGGCGAGAAUGAAGUUUUUGAAGAAUAGGUCUGAAAUUACAUCUGGAAAGACAGAAAGAGUCAGUCAUACAGUCAUAGGAUUUGAUAGUGAAGGAAAGAUAAUGAAUCAUUAAAAUUAACUUAAUUUCAGUCCUACUUGUAUGGUCGAAAAGUUAGUGGAUUUAUCAACUAAACUCAUUACUUUUAUCGAUAUGGGUGGAACUAAAAGAGCACACAAUUAAAUGAUUCAAAUUAUCAAUUCUUAGUUUCCAGAUUAUGCCUUAUUAACAAUCUCUUCAUUACAAUAGAUUGGCAAACCUACUAUGGAUUUUCUUAAAUUAAUCUAAAUUCAACAAAUACCAUUUAUGAUUGCUAUAACUCACGUAGACCAAAUCACAGAGGAUUAUUAUGUUGACAAAGUUGAAUAAUUAAAAGAUAUGAUUAAGAGUCUAUAAAUUUAAAGUGUUCCCAUUGUUGUUAGAAGUGAAGAAGAUGUUGUCUUAUUUAGUAAAUAAAUUCUAAGUAAAACACUCAUUCCUAUAUUUUUGAUCUCUAAUUUGAAAUAGAGGACUUUAGAUUAUUUUAUAAAGUUCUUAAACUUAUUACCUUCCACAAAUGAAUUGACAAACAACUCCAAUUUAGAUUCAGAAUAUUGUAUUCACAAUGUGUUUGAAAUUAAUAAUUAGAAGGUGCUUGGUGGAACAGUUCUCAAAGGUAUUAUAAGAGUCAAACAAAUAUUGUAAAUGGGACCAGAUAAACAUGGUCGGUUCUUUCCUAUUGAGGUUGAAGAAAUCUAAUGCAACAGAGUUCAAGUAAUAAUCUAUUAUAAUUAAAGGUAAAAUCUGCACAAUGUGGAUAAAUUUGUACUAUUAGGUUUAAAUAAGGAAAUUUCAAUUAAUAGUUUGGAUCAGAUUAGAAUCCCAUAAGACGUGGAAUGGUUUUAAUCGAAGGUAAAAGCAAUCCUUAAGCUGCUUGGGACUUUUUAGCUGAAAUUUGGUUAUUUGAUGAUUAAAAAGAAGCAAAAAAAAUAGCAGUGAGCUUUGAACCUGUAAUCAAUACUCAAUGUACUAGGUAUCUAUUGUAAUAAUAUUAUUAGAUAAAUUUGUAAAAUAAUUCGAGAGGAAUAAUUGUAGUUUGAAACUCUGACAAUAAGGAAAAAAUAAUCGAAAUCAAUUGAUGAAUCCUGUAUGUAAAAACCUGAAACUGUUUAACCAAGAACACCUUAUAGAAAAUAAAGUGAACAACUCAAGAAGGCUAGUAGUUCUAAUAGUUUAAACAAAUAGUCAUAUAGAAGUCCAAGAAGGAAAGGAAGUAGUUAAGUUAAAUCUUAUACGAAUGACGAUGAUCAAAAAAAGACAGAUUUAUUCGUUAUUAAUGAGAAAAAUGAAAAGCCUAUGGAGUUUAUUGAAUUAAUUCCGAAACAACCAAAUAUCAUUAGACUGAAAUUCAAGUAUUUCCCAGAAUAUAUCACAAAAGGAAUGAAGUUGAUUAUAAACGAUAAUGGAUUAUAAGCUUGGGGAUUUAUUAAAUAUAUAAAUUAUUGA